CUUGCAGGUUGGAGGAUUCCAUGACACAUACUGUAGGCGAUGCUGUACGCGGACGAGGCUGUAGCUGAGUGAGUGGUGGAGUACGUACAUUAUAGCGAUGUAGGGGCAGUCUAAUGCGCUAAAACCGACGCCUAAAUGCGGGCAGCGUUUGGUUGGUUCCAUUCCAGUCAUUGACACCAACACCACAAGACACAAUGGGCGGCGAAAAAGAAACAGAAGAGAAUAGCGGGCAUCCGACAUUUCCCAAUGUUGCCUCGUUACCACCACAGCCCACCGACGAUGCCACUGGGGAACUGGCCAAGACCACUGCAACUAGUGGCCAACAAAAUGUACGCUCUUCUACAGACGGUACAGAAGCUCCGGACCCCAAUGAAGUAGACUGGGACGGGCCCGAUGAUCCUCACAAUCCACGCAAUUGGCCAGUCUGGCGACGAGCUAUGGUUGUUGGGCUGAUCACCGCUGUGGUGUUCUCAACGAAUAUCGCUGCAGUAGCCAUUGCCCCUGCGAUACCCCUCGUGAUGGCCGAGUUUGGCUCGAAAAAUCAGGAACUGGGUAUCUUGGCAGUUACCAUUGAGCUCCUAGGCACCGGCGUCGGCCCCGUCUUCAUGGCCCCAAUGUCCGAGCUAUUCGGCCGUCGUGCCACUUAUAACUGUGCAAAUUUGGCCUUUUGUGGCUUCACCAUUGGCUGCGCUCUCGCACCCAAUCUACCGGGCCUGAUUGUGCUACGGUUCCUCCAAGGGUGCGCUGCCUCCUGUAACCUCAACAAUGCAGGUGGCACUAUAGCUGACCUUGUAUCAACUCGCCACCGCGGUUUUGCCAUGUCUAUGUAUUCCGCUGGUUUCAUGCUCAGCCCGGUGAUUGGCCCUCUUGUCGGCAGCUACCUAUCUGCAGCAGCGGGGUGGCGAUGGGUAUUCUGGCUGCUCUCCAUUUUGAGCGGAACUCUAGGGAUCAUUUGUGCUGUCACCUAUGGCGAGACCUAUGGACCCGUCCUUCUUGAACGAAAGGCUAAGAAGCUGCGUAAAUCAACCGGCAAUCCCGCAUUAUACGCCAAGGGGCAGCGUAAACUGUCUCCAGCGGCUCUCUUCAAACGUGCCACCAGCCGACCCUUUAAAAUAUUAUUCUUUUGCCCAGUGGUGACCGGCUUGGCUGUAUACAAUGCUGUUGUCUACGGCACUACAUAUCUGCUUUUAUCGACCUUUUCAGACGUGUUUCAGACCCAGUACCAUUAUAACCAGUCGAAUCUUGGUCUCACCUACAUUGGCCUUACUCUAGGUUUCUUAUUUUCGUUAAUCUUUGCCAGCAUAACCAACGACAAGAGCUAUGCACGUCUAGCAAAGAAGCACGGGGUAGGAAAGCCAGAGUAUGUAGAACACCAACAUCCCUUUUCCGUGUCCCUGGAAAUGAUUUCUUCUGCUAAUAAUGUCAACAGGUACCGCUUGGAACCCCUGAUAUACGGAGCAAUCGCAAUUCCAGUGGGAUUGUUCAUGUAUGGCUGGACAACGGAGGCGCGUGUCCACAGUGCAGUGCCUAUUUUUUCUACAGCCAUUAUUGGAUUUGGUGUAAUGUUUACCUUUAUACCCUUUAACGUAUAUAUGAUUGAUGCAUACAUGGAGUAUGCUGCUAGCGCGAUUGCGGCUGGGAACAUUCUGCGAAGCAUGACGGCGUCCCUGCUGCCUCUAACCGCCAUUCCACUGUACGACAGGCUCGGGUACGGCUGGGGCAAUUCUGUGCUGGCGUUUAUAUCGCUGGGGCUGGGGGCAAUGGCUAUCCUGUAUCGUAAGUAUGGCGAGCAAUGGCGUGAGCGGUUCAGGAUCGAUCUAUAGGGACACACGGAUCCAGCUGGCUAGU